CGUGGAGGCUGUCGGGACUAGUGUCGGUAUUCUGGGCGAAAAAAGCAGCGGGCACACUGCACAGCUGUGUCAAAACCAAAUUGGAAAAAAUCUUAUUGGGAUUUCAGCGGACUUGGAUAAUUCCUCCCAAUCCCCAAGAAAUCGGGAGCAGACGGCCAGGAUGACGUCGCGUAACCUGACGGAGGUGUUCGUCAUCAUGCGCAACAAUGCGUCCAAAAACCGGAGUCACUACGACGAUCGGAGGGGCAGCGAUGCGGAGCGCCUGCUGAAGCACUCGGUGCGGGAGGCGGAGGAGGGACUGGAGCUGCAGGACGACUACGGCACGCCGCCCGCCUGGCUGGACAAAUUCGAGGAGGCACAGUACACCAUGUCCAAGAUCAAGCCGAAGCUGGAUGAGCUGGGCUCCCUGCACGCCCGCCACCUCCUGCGACCCGCCUUCGAUGAUCAGCAGGACGACGAGUGCGACAUCGAGGUGCUCAGCCAAAUCGUCUCCAAGCUGAUCACUUCCACGCACCGGCACAUCCAGUGCGUGCGCAGCAGCAUCGGCGUGGGCAGCAAAAUGGAGCAGUGCCUGACCGCCAACGCGGUGCACUGCGCCCUGCUCCAGCUGCAGGAGCUGACGGUGAAGUUCCGGGCCAGCCAGAACGCCUACCUGCUCCAGCUGAACUCCCGCGAGGAGCGCUCGCAGAAGUACUUCGACGAUGGCGGCGCUGGCGACGUCUUCACCAACGUGGAGCUGGGCGAGCAGAGCGUUGAGAACUUUGUCGACUCCUUCGACAACUUCCUGCAGCCGCCGUCGGAGGGCAAGACCAGCAACGGCUAUCUGUUUGAGGACGAUGAGCAGGCCAUCGACGAUCACUUCCAGAGGCCGCCGGCCAGCCGAAUGACCCAACAGCAGCUGCUGCUCUUCGAGGAGGAGAACACGCGUGUGGCGCAGCACCGCGAGCAGGAGGUGACCAAGAUAGUCAAGUCCAUCUACGACCUGAACGACAUCUUCAAGGAUCUGGGGCACAUGGUCCAGGAGCAGGGCACCGUGCUCGAUCGCAUCGACUACAACGUGGAGCAGACGCAGACGCGCGUCUCGGAGGGAUUGCGCCAGCUGCACAAGGCAGAAAUGUACCAGCGCAAGAACCGCAAGAUGUGCGUCAUCCUCGUCCUGGCGGCGGCCACCUUCCUCAUGCUGCUGCUGCUCAUCCUGACCAAGCUCUAGUUACCCACCCGCUUCCAGUUGGGCGACCUCAUUCCCGUGUCUAUGUGUGUAUAUUGUAAAUGUAUGAAUACAUGUUAAUAUAUUUAUUAUUUAUUGCUAAUGCU